GAAUGCCAAGGGUGGCACUUUCCGCAGCAAGGGCCGCGGGAAGGGCAUGGUCCUCAUGGCAGGCAAGGGGCCAGGCAAAGGCUCCCAAGCUGAUCUGGGACUCCCUGGCCGCGAGCAAGUGCAGCGACUGGCGAACGAGCUGAUGAACGUCACCUCCACGCGCAACGCUAUGACGACGAACAAGAAGAUCGCGAUGCUCAUGAAGAUCUGGGAUACGCUUCCGGGCACCCACAAAGUAGCACGGAUGGCGCAGAUGUUCGGGGAGCUUCUGCCCAGCUUUGCCUCCGAUGAGCACCGGCAAGGAGAGAUCUCCAACCUGAUUGCGGCCUUCUGGAAGAUGCUUCAGGACGUGGGCCGAUCGGACCGCCAAGAUCUUCUGGUGGGACCACUUGUGGCCUCCGGGCCACAAGGAGAAAAACGACCUACUGGCAUCACAGAGUUCUUUAAGCUCUUCGUGAGGCGUUUGCCGCCGCCUCUUGCAGUGACGCAGCUUUUCAAGAUCCUGGAGGAGUUCGAGGCUGGCACGCCGGCCUACAAGUUCGUGCAGAGUGACAUCUGCAAGUCCAGCAAUGGCAGACAUGAUGACCUCAUGAAGAGUGUCUUCAAGAAAUACCUGCUGAAGGAAGACGAGGGCCCAGUGAAGGCCGCGGAGAUGUUCCAGGUCCUGCUGAAAGAUGCCCGAUCCCGAGACAUCAUCCAGACCUCCUACGACACUCUCCUGGAGCACCUGGAAGGCGCCUUCUUGAAACUUGGGGGACUGGGUUUAGGGUUUAGGGUUUAG